AUGGCUGAAGAAAUUUGCGCCAGAACAUGUGGAUUCUGUGGAAUAACAUCGUCUUCGACAGUAACUCCUGGUUGUAUUGACUUGUACAGUCAUUGUAACAGUACGAUUUGCACUGAUCCAAUGGCUAAAGAUAUUUGCGCCAGAACAUGUGAAUUUUGUGGUGACAGUUCGACGCCAUCACCAGAAGAUUGUUCAUACAUAUGCAAAGCAUUGAAAUCGUUAUGUGAAUUUAUCGAUUGGAUCAUUGGACCAAUUCCGAAUGGAUUUUGUUCCCGUUGUCAACAAUGCAAAUAA